UGAAAUCAGGAAAAAUUAUUCCUCCUCCUUUGCAUGAAAUUUUUUCCUAUUGCACCCGAAAUACACUUAUAAUUACUGUCAUCAAUUGUACGAAUAUAUAUCCUUUCUGACUCGAGCACGGGAUCUCUCGACAUCCUUCUCAUCUACGUACGUGCUUUCACUUCAAAGAAUCUCUCCGUGUUGCCCAAGUGCACCCCUCAUUACACAGUUUUGAUCCUCCUUUAGAUUCUUGGCAUCGCCUUAUUGAUCUCUUGUCAACCGAGGAUGUAUAUGGAGACGUCCCGCAUGGAAUGCACCGGAGACGGCCCGCUGGCCGGCUUAUGCACCUCUCCUGCAGCCAGCGGUGACCCGCUGAACUGGGCAUCUGCGGCCAAGUCGCUGAUGGGCAGCCACCUCGAUGAGGUCAAGCAGAUGGUGGAGGAGUACCGGAGGCCGGCAGUCCAGCUUGGUGGUGAGACCCUGACGGUCGCCCAAGUGGCAGCUGCGGCGUGCCGUGUGGUAAAUGUUGGGCUUUCGGAGGAAGCCCGACCAGGCGUCGAGGCCAGCAGCAACUGGGUCAUGGAGAGCCUGAACAAGGGCACCGACAGCUACGGUGUGACUACCGGGUUCGGCGCAACCUCGCACAGGAGGACCAAGCAAGGAGGAGCCCUACAAAAGGAGCUCAUAAGGUUCUUGAAUUCCGGUAUCUUCGGAAACGGAGCCGAAACGUGCCACACGCUGUCUCGCUCGGCCACAAGGGCAGCAAUGUUGGUGAGGAUCAACACCCUCCUGCAGGGCUACUCAGGGAUCCGGUUCGAGAUCCUGGAGGCCAUUGCGAAGCUGCUCAACAAUAAUGUCACCCCGUGCCUGCCGCUUAGGGGGACAAUCACUGCCUCGGGCGACCUAGUCCCCUUGUCAUACAUCGCGGGCCUGUUGACCGGAAGGCCCAAUUCCAGGGCAACCGGCCCGGACGGGGAGAUCCUCGACGGGGCCAAGGCCUUCCAGUUGGCAGGGAUUGAGAGCGGGUUCUUUGAGCUGCAGCCCAAGGAGGGCCUAGCAUUGGUGAACGGGACGGCGGUCGGAUCAGGCCUGGCCUCGAUGGUGCUCUUUGAGGCAAAUGUUCUGGCUGUCCUCUCGGAAGUCCUGUCUGCGAUCUUCGCAGAGGUUAUGCAGGGGAAGCCCGAGUUCACGGACCACUUGACCCACAAGUUGAAGCACCACCCGGGCCAGAUCGAGGCUGCGGCCAUAAUGGAGCACAUCCUGGAUGGAAGCUCCUACGUAAAGGCAGCCCAGAAGCUCCAUGAAAUGGACCCUCUCCAGAAGCCCAAACAGGACAGAUACGCCCUGAGGACGUCUCCCCAGUGGCUCGGGCCCCAGAUCGAAGUGAUCCGGUGCGCGACUAAAAUGAUCGAGCGGGAGAUAAACUCGGUGAAUGACAACCCGUUGAUCGAUGUCUCGAGGAACAAGGCCCUCCACGGGGGAAAUUUCCAGGGAACACCGAUCGGGGUCUCAAUGGACAAUACUAGGCUAGCCAUCGCUGCAAUCGGGAAGCUGAUGUUUGCCCAGUUCUCCGAGCUGGUUAAUGACUUCUAUAACAAUGGGCUGCCCUCUAACCUCUCUGGGGGCCGGAACCCGAGCCUUGACUAUGGCUUCAAGGGCGCGGAGAUCGCGAUGGCCUCAUACUGCUCGGAGCUGCAGUUCCUAGCUAACCCCGUGACGAAUCACGUCCAAAGCGCAGAGCAACACAACCAGGACGUGAACUCAUUAGGCCUAAUCUCAUCAAGAAAGACAGCGGAAGCUGUGGACAUACUGAAACUCAUGUCCUCAACUUACCUUAUUGCACUGUGCCAAUCCAUUGACUUGAGGCACUUGGAGGAGAACCUCAAGGCUACGGUCAAGAACACCGUGACGCAGGUGGCCCGGAAGAUCCUGACCGUUGGAUUAAACGGGGAGCUCCACAACUCGAGGUUCUCCGAGAAGGACCUCAUCAGGGCAGUCGACCGGGAGCACGUGUUCACAUACAUCGACGACCCCUGCAGCGUGACCUACCCGCUUAUGCAGAACUUGAGGCAGGUCCUGGUGGAGCACGCGAUGGCCAAUGGCGAGGCUGAGAGGAGCCUAGGGACCUCAAUCUUCCAGAAGAUCGGGUCGUUCGAAGAGGAGCUGAGAGCGGUCCUCCCGAAGGAAGUGGAGGCUGCACGGGCCCAGUUUGAGAGCGGGACCUCGGCGAUCCCGAACAGGAUCAAGGAGUGCAGGUCGUACCCGUUGUACCGGCUCAUGAGGGAGGAGCUAGGGACCAGCAUGCUCACCGGGGAGAAGGCCCGUUCCCCUGGGGAGGACUUCGACAUGGUGUUCAAGGCGAUCUGCGAGGGGAAGUUGAUAGAUCCCCUGCUGGAAUGCUUGAGGGAUUGGAAUGGUGCUCCUCUUCCAAUCUGCUAAGAAGAUCAUUUAGUUACUAAAAUGAGCUGUUAUAUGGUCUAAUUAAUUGUAUUCAUGUAUGUAAUGAUACACGUUGAGUUUGCUUUGUGUUGGACCUCUCUUGGACCUAACCAAAAAACAAGAGGGCGACCGUGUAAUAUGCCCUUUUUUGUUUUAUUUCUUACUAUGUUCUUUACUGUUUUGUCCAAAUGGUGUCUAUAGAAAAUUUUCUUCCCCCUCCCCCCGCCCGGAGGCCUUGCAAUUCUCUGUUUGGUUAGAAUAAUUCGAGACAAACUGUAAAAAUUUGUGAUACAAUGUA